AUGUCUAGCAGUGUUUCGAAACCCGUCGAGGUGACCCCUGUCAACAGAAUCGAAGACAACCUCGAAACCAUUGAAAUUAACGUUCGAUCCGGCUACCCGAAACGUUCUGAAGUCUAUGCGCAGCCCAUUUGCUGUACGGCGACACCGGACAACACUAUUGCGUCGCGUGGAUGGAAUCGAGAUCUCGAGUCAACAGAGGUCCUCGAUCCUCUUAGCCGAGCUGUUUUCUUCGUUGCUUCCUGCAUGAGUCUCGUCUACGUCUUCACGCAUUUAGUCGCUGGACGAACAGCGUACAUCAAGAACUAUGGAUCUCCAACUAAAUACGGCAAAUAUGUUGCCGGCUUUGCCUUUUUGCUGGCUAGGCUAGGUCUUCCCGUUUGGGUGGCAGCCAUCACUUUGUCGAUAUUUGUGGCUGUGAACAUUGGACUGGAUCUUUCCAAGGGGGUUCAAGAAAAUCUCCCAUGGCUUAAUGUCAUAAUCAGCAUAUCUUCCUUGUUUUCUCUCGCAGCAGUACUUGCAGUUAUUGAGAUGGCAGAUCGUCCAUUCGCGACUCUAGGCAUUUCUCAAGCUUGGUUCAUUCGAGGCGAGGAUCCACUAGCAUGUCCUGAUGAUGACGACGACCUCGAGCCGGGAGUUGUCUAUAUGACGCCGAGCCUCCAGGAAAAUAUAGAGAAGCACGCCGAAAAGCCCCGUGUGCCAAGCAAACCCCAGAAGCGAAAGCGCAAGACUCUGACGAAAAGGAAUCCUCACGAGCCUCAGCGAAGAGCUUUACGCCAUGCCAGAAGCAUAUCCAUGCCAACUCCCUUGAAUGCUGUCUUCGGGGACCGCCCUGGUGCCUUAAUGCCCGACUCUCCGGUGUCCUCCAGUGCAUUUGCAUGGAAGCCACCGACGAGGGAUGGCGCGACACCAAAAGCAGCCGGGAGAGUGGCACUCGAUGAUUGGGUUACGUGGCGUGAACAUGCCAGUAUGCGACAAGGGGAUUCCGACAUAUCCACCAAUGCCUCGGCACGGCCUGGCGAAGUGAUUUUGCCAUCCGUGCCUCGGCAAGCUGAGUACUCUCCGCGUAGUCAGGCUCUACUUGAAGAACAGGGGAGGUAUGAUUCAAGAAGAUGGACUGCUAUCGGCAUGCAAUCACCUCCCAUCAACGGUCGAUUUCUAGAUAUUCCAUUCAGAAGGCCGCUUACUCCAUUGAUGACCAUGGAAGAAGAAAACAGACUCGUAGGGCGCAGACCUUCGACCCGGGAUGGGGAUUGGGAGGCAAACUAUCAUUUACAGAUGAGGCAAGCUAGCCAGCCGGCAAGUUCACGCACCACGACGACAUUUAGAUUGUCUCGUUAUGGUCUUGAGGCUACUCCAGACCAUCCUCCUUCACUCCCACACAUUGCAACCCUCGUAACCAGAGCGGAUGGCAUUACCAAUAGCAUUCGACCUGACAGCAAUGUAUUGCCAAACGAGGGACGACGGAGGCGUAGGAUAUCAAGUGUCAGUUCUCUUGAGGGGCGACGUCUUACGUACAGGACAGAGAGCCGAGUCAUAUCUGAGCAAAGCUCACGGCCAAGCACACGUCCGCCGAGCCAACAUCCGUCUAUAGCAGCACUAGCUACACGACCUGCGAGCCCGACAUCGACGGUCCGGUCCAUGAGAUCCGAUGUGCACAACUUUUCCAGGCCUCGAACCUCGGCAGCUGCUAGAAUGCAGUCAAAAGUUGCUAGGCGUCUCCGUGCACUCAAGCAGCAGGAGACCGAAAAUUCCAGGCGGUCCCAGGUGGAGGGACCUCUCCCGGCGUCUCCCAGCACUCCGAUUUCUCCUGCCACACCGAGAACAGUCCGAGCCGCAGCGGUGAGGACUCUUCAAGACAGGCUCGGUAAGAGGAAUCUCAAGAAGCAAGCGGAGGAAAGCCCCCGCCCGGCAACUCCGGAGACACCCCGAACAGCCAGAGCCACGGCGGUCAAAAAUCUACAAGAGCGGCUGGGAAAACGAAUGAUGCGGCGAAAUGAAGAAGGAAUUACCCAAUCAGUAUAG